UUUCCAUCUUCUCUGCCGCUGCCUUCUUUCUCCCAGUUCUCUCGCAACCUUCCUCCUCAUCUUCUCCCAUAGCCUCUGUUUUCUCUUCCCCACGGAGUGGAACUCAAAGCUCUGCAUCUCCAGGUUCCAGGAAUUAUCAACAGUACAGAACCUUAGAAGACUUAACACGGACAAAGAUGAGACCUUUAGACGAGACUGAGACCACGACAGUGUUUGAAAAGCUGUUCAAGUUUACAGGCAACAACCUCAAGAACAUUGUCGAGAAUCCGUCUCAUGAAGGCCCAGACCCGGGUCCAGGUCGUUACUGCUUUCGCCUCCACAAGAACAAAGUUUACUAUGUUAGCGAAUCACUAGUAAAGCGUGCUACAAAUAUAGCUCGGACCCAGUUAGUCUCUCUUGGCACCUGUAUUGGUAGGUUCACUCAUGGUGGUAAGUUCCAUUUAACCGUUCAGUGUCUGAGCUUAUUGGCAUCAAAUGCUAAACACAAGGUCUGGCUCAAACCUACCUCCGAGAUGUCGUUCUUGUAUGGAAACCAUGUUUUGAAAGGUGGUUUGGGGAGGAUUACAGAGAAUAUUGUGCCGGGUGAUGGGGUGGUUGUAUUUUCAAUGUCAGAUGUGCCUUUGGGUUUUGGGAUUGCUGCCAAGUCUACUCAAGAUUGUAGGAAGUUGGACCCCAAUGGAAUUGUGGUGCUUCACCAGACUGAUAUUGGAGAGUACUUGAGGAUGGAGGAUGAGCUUUGAAUAAUUAGACGGGUUUUGAGUGGUUAUGACAGAUGUGUUGGUGUCUAAUCGAAGAUUUGUGCGGGUCAUGUAAGUUGAUCUAUCAGCUUUUGAUCAAUUCGAGUUGAAGUCUUGUCGGAUGUGGAUGAUUGUUGAACAUUACUUUCAUUAGUGUAAGACCAAAUUUCACUACACCAAAUUGUUGUUUGUGAAUGCACAUAGACCAGCUAACUGUUAACCUCACUAUAACCUACUGAUAUAGCCGAAUUAUUUA